CUGGUAUUUAAGAGUGGACGGCAAAAACAGGGUUAGUAGUCCAGGAACUAGAACAUUCUUCUGAAAGCAAUAAGGAAAAAGGUUCCAGCAAUGAUUAGCAUUCACUCCAUGGCCGGCCUCCUAGUUGUCCUCAGCUGCGUCCACAGCGGCUGGCAGGUUCCUCUGCAGGAGACCUCAAGCUCAGAUAUGGACGAUGCUUUAGUGAGAAGACACUCGGAGGGAACAUUCUCAAACGACUACAGCAAAUAUCUCCAAGACCGGAAAGCCCAGGACUUUGUUCGGUGGCUGAUGAACAACAAGCGGAGCGGCGCUGCGGACAAGCGCCACGCCGAGGGCACCUACACCAGCGACGUGAGCGCGUACCAGAGGGAGCAGGCCGUCAAAGACUUUGUGGCCGGGCUCAUGUCGGGACAGAUCCGAAGAGAAUAUGACGUCAAGAGGCAGGAUCAGGGAUUAAGCCGGAGAAGGCACGUGGACGGAAGCUUCACCAGCGACGUGAACAAAGUCCUGGACUCUAUGGCGGCCAAGGAGUAUUUACUGUGGGUCAUGACCUCCAAGCCUUCAGGGGAGAGGAAGAGGAGACAAGUGGACUAGCGAGGAGACAAGUGGACCAUUGAGGAGACAUCCAUGACCGUGCAAGAACACAAAUACGAGGAACAGGAAGCCAUACAAAAAAAAUGCAAACUCUUCCAUUUUUGUUUUGUUUACAUUUAAAUUAUUGUCUUGUGUAUAAAAGAUGAAACAAUUUUAAAAGAAAUGAAACACCAAGAAAAAACUCAGGUAUAGAAAAC